UUUUAUUGAUAUAACUUCUUUUUAUCUAAAAGUAAGAAGUGAUUCUAUUUUGAGAAGGUUGAUUUUUUAUUGGAAAUUUUUUCCUUCAGCUGAUUAAUAUUCAGUUUGUUUUGAUUGAAUAUUUAAUCAUUUAAUUUUAUUUAAAUUGGUGAAAAUUGUGAUUAAUUAGUUUCUAUUGUCAUUGAAAUACUAAUUAGCGUAAAUAUUAGAGUUGAUUUAAAGUUAAACAAGGUUAAUUUUGCUCGAUUCAAGUUGAGAAUUAUUAUUGUUUACAUUUUCAUAGAAUCACAUGUUUUCAUUUUCUUUUCUUUUAUUUACUUUUAAUUGAGAACUUGCUUCAUCUUAAUUAAUUAGUUAAUUAAUCAUGUGGAAACCAUUUAAAACUAUUCGUGAACAUUGGAAGAAAUCUAUUUUCUUCUCAUCCUUAGCAGUCUAUGGAGUCCAUUUGUUAGACCAAAGAUUCAAAGUCAAUGCAUUGAUGAGAGCUUAUUGUGAAGAAGCAGUUAAAUUCGGUGAUCAACCCUGGAGUCCACAGAGACAAUUGAAACAUUUAACAGUCAUUCUUAAUCCGGUUGCUAAUCAAAGGAAAGGAAAAAAAUUAUUCUUCAACUAUGCUCAGCCUAUUUUAAAUUGUGCUGGAAUUAAAUUAAGCAUAAUUGAGACUGAACAUGAAGGUCAAGCUAAAGAUUACAUGGAGGUUAUGGCAAAUACUGAUGGUGUUAUUGUCGUCGGCGGUGAUGGUACCAUUCAUGAUGCGAUCACAGGUUACUUGAGACGAGAAGAUGUAAAUAAAAAGAAACCAUUGCCCUUUGGAUUUAUUCCCACAGGAAAACGAAACUCGGGAGUAUUUAGACUAUUUGAAAUUGAUCUUAAUUCCAAUGGACGGAUAAGGAAUAAAGUUGAAUAUAUUGAUCUUAUUGGUCGUUUAUCGAUGGCCAUUGUUAAGGAAUCAAUCAAACCUGUUGAUGUAGUUAAAGUUGAAGGGAAAGAAAAAGGAAAACCAGUGUUUGCAUUACAUUCAUUUGAUUUUGGUCGAUUACGAGAUUACUUAGAAUCAGCUGAAUCAUAUUGGUUGUUUUCAGCUAGAGUCAAACCUUAUUAUCCACUUUGCAAGAAAAUCUUAUUUAAGAAUUUGACUAAUCAAACUAUGCCCGUUGACGCGGACAUUUAUUACACGAAACCGUGUUCGGGAUGUGCCAAGUGCUUUGAGAGCUUUAAGGAACCAGAGGAAGAGGAAGUACCUAAAAGAUGGUGGCAGUCGUUGAUUCCUCGACCUAAUCAACUGAAACCGAAACAAAAGUCUAAUAAAUUUGAGAAUUUAAAAAAUAUAAUCAACGAUGAAUGUGGAGUUUGGCAAAAAGUAGAGACCACUAAUUUAGUUAAUCUUUCAAUUAGACACUUUUUCAACAAUAAGAUAACCCUUAAUAUCCACCAAUCAAAUGAUUGUACAAAAACAUCACUAAUCAAAGAUGGAGUUAACAUUUUCCGGGAAAACCACAACUUUAAUAGUGCUGUUAAUCAAUUAGAGGCAAGAGACAUUUCAAUUAGUUUAUCUAGAAAUCAACAAAUCACAGAUAACAAUCAACCUUCAACGGAACCGGAUUUAUGGUUUAAUAUUGAUCGUGAAAAUUAUGAAGUCCAAAAUGUUUUAUUGUCACUUCUUCCCAAUCGUAUUUUGGUUUACGGUUAGAUUUUGAUUAACUUUGUAAAGUAAUUUAAUCACGACUGUUUUUGCUCUGGUAAUACAAUGAACGGUUCACACUUUCAACUCAUUCCUUAAUCAUGUUAAUUGCGAAUCGUGAAAAUUUGACCAUUCAUUUGUCUUCAUAUUGAUUUAGUGAUAAUAAAGUGAUAGCAAGUGAAACUGA